UCUCAUAAUAAUAGUAUAGUAAAGCUUAGGAGUGAAAGUUUAAGGAGAGAGAGUAUAGAUGGAGGCAUACAAGAAGGUUAUGAGUGUGAUGCUGUUGUUGGUCAUUGCCAAUGCCAUGAUGUUGGUUAAUGGCCAGUCGUUAUGUCACAUGACAAAACAAGGACUGAAAGCAUGCGAGCCUUAUGUGAAUGGUGACAAUUCUGCUGAUGAUCAAACUCCAUCAACUCCUUGCUGUUCUGCUAUUGCCAAAGCUGAUCUUCAAUGCCUCUGUCAUUACAAGGAUUCAGGGUUGCUUUCUUUCUAUGGUGUUGAUCCAGAACAAGCCAUGGAACUUCCUGUUAAGUGUAAGAUUGUGGACUCCUUCCACUGCUAGUAGUGGAAUGCAUGCAUAUGCAAGAGCUACUAAAAUAAUGAUGUAAUAAUCAAUGACUUUGUUCUUGUUUUUCCAUGUUUUUUGUUUUUUGUUUUUGAUAAGAAAAUGUUAAUUGUUAGUGUGUUAUGUUGCUGACUCAACUCUAGUUCUUAGUCCUAGCUCAACUACUUGAGGACUCUGUCUAUGUUUUCUUUUUUUAAUAUCGUGUUUGUUGCUAAUGCUAAUGUCGUGGAUGAUCUUUUGUUGCAAUAUCAAGUGUUGUAGAGUGGAUUAAA